AUGCUAGAAGAGAACAUCAAGAAGAUUCACAAAGAAUUUGACUAUAAAAAGAAGAUGACUUCACUGAUGAAGACAAGAAAACGUUCAAUGCGGCGAAGUGCUGUUGGAUAUGUGCCAAAGUUCACUCCUGUCAUAUUUCACAACUUGGCUGGUUAUGACUCUGAUCUUUUUGUCAAGAAUCUUGGAAAGACUGAGGGAGACAUAAAAUGCAUUCCCAAUAAUGAAGAGAAGUACAUCAGCUUCAGCAAAUCUGUUGCUGUUGGCUCUUACACCAAAAAAGAAGAAGAAGAAGUUGACAUCAAGACUGAGCUUCGCUUUAUCGAUAGUUCAAAGUUCAUGGCUUCUUCUCUCGAUAAAUUGGUCAGUAAUUUGAGCCAUGAUAAGCUGAAGAAAACUGGGGAGGUGUUCAAGGACGCUGAAAUCAAGUUGAUCUCAAGAAAGGGUGUUUAUUCUUAUGAUUACAUGAGCAGCAUUGAAAAGUUCGGAGAAACAGAACUUCCACCAAAAAGAGAGUUUUACUCAAAACUGAACGACUGUGAUAUAAGUGAGGAAGAUUACGAGCACGCAAAGAAAAUCUGGAAUGAGUUCAAGAUGAGGAACAUGGGGGAUUAUCAUGAUCUUUAUCUCAAAUCAAAUGUUCUCUUGCUUGCAGAUGUGUUUGAAGAAUUCAGAAACGUCUGCCUUGAGAAUUACAAUCUGGAUCCUGCUUGGUAUUACACUGCUCCUGGAUUGGCUUGGGAUGCAGCAUUGAAGGUCACAAAAGUUGAGCUUGAACUUUUGAGUGAUCCAGACAUGCUUCUGAUGUUUGAGAAAGGAAUUCGUGGAAGAAUCUCAAUGAUCCCAAAUCGCUAUGGAAAAGCAAACAACAUGAAUUUAAAGUUUGACAGAGAAAAACCAUCAAAAUAUCUGGCUUAUCUUGACGCAAACAACCUUUAUGGAUGGGCAAUGUGCAAACCUCUUCCUGUCAGAGGUUUCAAAUGGGUGAGUCAAGCAGAGAUUGGAGACUGGAGAGCGAGCGUGAGAAAUAUUCCCUGCAUUCUUGAGGUUGAUCUCGAAUAUCCAAAAGAGCUUCAUGAUUAUCCUCUUGCUCCAGAGAGAAUCAUGAUCAGCUCAAACAAAGUCGAGAACUUUCUGCCAAAUCUGAACGAAAAGAAGAAAUAUAUCAUUCCUCACCAGAAUCUCAAACAGUGCCUUGAACUCGGCUUGAGACUAAAAAAGAUUUACAGAGGAAUCAAAUUUGAAGAAGAACCUUGGCUGAAAAGUUAUAUAGAGCUCAACACAAAUUUGCGCACGAAUGCAAAGAAUAAAUUUGAAAAGGAUUUUUUCAAGUUGAUGAACAACUCUGUCUUUGGAAAAACAAUGGAAAACAUCAGGAAACGAGUUGAUGUGGGGCUUCUCAACAAUCGAAAGAAAGCACAAAAGCUUUCAGCAAAACCAAACUUCAAGCAUUGCACAAUAUUUGACGAAAAUCUCAUUGCAAUACAUAUGGGGAGAACAUCAAUAAAGUUUGACAAGCCAGUUUUCUGUGGAAUGGCUAUUCUUGAUCUCAGCAAGACUUUGAUGUACGAUUUCCACUACAACUACAUAAAAAAGAAAUAUGGAGAUAAAGCCAAGCUUCUUUUCACAGACAAUGACAAUCUCAUGUAUGAAAUUGAAACUGAAGACUUUUACAAGGACAUAGCAGCAGAUGUUGAAGAAAAGUUUGACACCAGCAACUUUCCAAAAGACCACAUUUCAAAGAUCCCAACUGGUUGCAACAAAAAAGUUGUGGGCAUGAUGAAAGAUCAGGCUGGUGGAAAGAUCAUUGAGGAGUUUGUUGGAUUGAGAGCAGAACUUUACAGCUUGAAGAUUCUCGAGGGAAAAGAAGAGAAGAAGUGCAAGGGAAUCAAGAAGACUCAUUUAGGACAUAAGGGAAUCAGCGUUUGGGCGCUCACACAGCAGAUGACAAGUAUCGCAAAACCAUUCAGAGAAAACAUUGCUGCACUGGUUCUAUUCUACACACCUUCGGCUAAGGACAUGGAGGCGACAUUUGAUGAUUAUGCAGGUGAUUUGACGAAAGAAGAGCGAAUUGAAUUAAUAGCAAAGCUGAAGAAUGAGAAAUAUUCUCAUCUGAUUUUAUCACUUUGCCAUCCUUCGAUAUAA